UCUCCCAUCAGGUUGGAUAAGAACCGAAUUUUUGUAGGAUGAGUUCUGAUGGAUAUCAAAGAGGUCGGACCAAGUUGCCUUGGACUCACCUUUCUUCCGAGCCUUUAAAAAUAAAAUAAUGUUCUUACAAGCUUGAGGCUUUUCAGGCCUUCACUUCCCUGUAAAUGUUGGAUCCUUCAUCAUGUUACCUAGAAAUCCUAAUCUAAAUUUAAAAAGAACCCUAAUCACCUUCCUUGAUAAAUGCAAAUCAAUGCUACAAUUGAACCAACUUCAUGCUCUAGUAAUCACCUUUGGCCUCUCUCAAGAUGACCUAUUUAUGUCAAGAAUCGUUUCUUUCUCUGCUUUAUCUGAUUCAAACAACACUGAUUAUUCUUACAGGGCUUUGUUAAAUCUCCAAGACCCAACUAUCUUUGAAUGGAACUCAGUCAUUAGGGGUUAUUCAAAGAGCAAGAACCCAAAUAAAUCCAUUUCAGUUUUUGUCAAAAUGUUGCAAGUUGGAAUCUACCCUGAUCAUUUAACAUACCCUUUUCUUGCUAAGGCGACAUCGCGACUUUUAAGGAAAGAACUAGGGGUUUCAAUUCAUGGGCAUGUAAUAAAAUCUGGGUUUGAGAUAGAUAGGUUUGUUGCUAAUUCUUUGAUUCAUAUGUAUGGUUCUUGUGGUGAUAUCGUGUAUGCUCGGAAGGUGUUUGAUGGAACUCCUGUGAAGAACUUGGUGUCGUGGAAUUCGAUGGUUGAUGGGUAUGCAAAGUGUGGAUAUUUGGAUUUGGCGCGUGGUUUGUUUGAUUUGAUGCCUGAAAGAGAUGUUAGGUCAUGGAGUUGUUUAAUUGAUGGGUAUGCUAAAAGUGGGAAUUACGGGGAUGCUAUGGCAGUUUUUGAGAAGAUGCGGACUUCAGGCCCCAAGGCUAAUGAGGUUACUAUGGUUAGUGUGCUAUGUGCUUGUGCUCAUUUGGGUGCUCUUGAUAAAGGGAGGAUGAUGCAUCAAUAUUUGGUUGAUAAUGGGUUCGAAUUAAAUUUGGUUUUGCGGACUUCUCUUAUUGACAUGUAUGCAAAAUGUGGGGCAGUUGAGGAGGCUUUCGCUGUGUUUCGUGGGGUCUCGCUGAGAAAGAGCGAUGUGUUAAUUUGGAAUGCUAUGAUUGGAGGGCUAGCAACUCAUGGUUUGGUUAAGGAAUCGCUUGAUUUGUAUACAGAGAUGCAAAUAGCUGGGAUUAAACCGGAUGAGAUCACGUUUCUGUGCUUGUUGAGUGCUUGUGCUCAUGGUGGAUUAGUAAAGCAAGCUUCGUAUGUCUUCGAGGGUCUUGGUAAAAAUGGCAUGACACCGAAGACUGAGCAUUAUGCUUGUAUGGUGGAUGUUAUGGCUCGUGCUGGUCAAGUGGCGGAGGCAUAUCAGUUUUUGUGUCAAAUGCCACUUGAACCGACGGCUUCAAUGUUAGGUGCUUUACUUAGUGGAUGCAUGAACCAUGGAAAAUUAGAUCUUGCCGAAUUAAUAGGGAAGAAGCUUAUUGAGUUAGAUCCAGAGCAUGAUGGUAGAUACGUUGGCCUGUCAAAUGUUUAUGCCAUUGGCAGACGCUGGGAUGAAGCAAGAAUCAUGAGAGAAGCCAUGGAGCGUAGAGGGGUGAAGAAGACUCCUGGGUAUAGUUUUCUCGAGAUGUCUGGAGCUCAUCAUAGAUUCAUUGCACAUGAUAAAUCACAUCCUAGCUCAGAGCAAAUUUAUACAAUGCUAAGUUUUAUUGUAAGCCAAAUGCAAUUUGGUGUUCUUAAGGAAGGUCAAGAACACUGUUUGUAUGGUAUAGAGGGUAUUUGAGUUACUUAAUUCUUCUUUAAAUAAAUCUUAUUCAGGUUGCUAAAAUUCUAAA